AUGGCUCCCUGGACACGCCUCGUAUUGGGCUCACUACUGCCUCAGCUGCUGGUCGCAUCUCCAGUACCUGAUGCUGUGCCCGACCCGCUGAAACUCGAGCAACGCGACGAUACAUCGGAUGAUUAUCAAUCACCUCCGUUCUAUCCCACGCCGCAUGGCGGAUGGGUUUCCGACUGGGCGGAAGCCUAUGAAAAGGCAUACCAAGUAGUCAGUAACAUGACGCUGGCGGAGAAGGUCAACCUGACCACCGGAACUGGUUUCUUCAUGGGACCUUGCGUGGGACAGACAGGAAGUGCUCCUCGGUUCGGCAUCCCGAACAUCUGUUUGCAGGACUCGCCGCUAGGGAUUCGAAAUUCGGACCAUAACACUGCAUUUCCGCCUGGGAUCACGACGGGUGCGACAUUCAACAAGGAGUUGAUGUACGCUCGUGGCGUCGCAAUCGGCGAAGAGGCCCGAGGAAAGGGUGUAAAUGUACAGCUAGGUCCUUCUGUUGGUGCUCUCGGACGCAAGCCCAGGGGUGGUCGAAACUGGGAGGGCUUUGGUGCAGACCCUGUUCUACAAGCCGUCGGAGGCGCGCAGACGAUCAAAGGGAUGCAAAGCACCGGUGCGAUCGCCGCACUAAAGCAUUUCAUUGGGAAUGAGCAGGAGAUGUACCGCAUGAGCAGUAUCAUUACCCAGGGAUACUCGUCCAACAUCGACGAUCGUACCCUACAUGAAUUAUAUCUAUGGCCUUUUGCAGAGGGCGUCCGCGCAGGAGUUGGCUCGUUGAUGACUGCCUAUAACGAUGUCAACAGCUCUGCCUGCAGCCAAAAUAGCAAGCUCAUCAAUGGGAUUCUCAAGGAUGAACUCGGUUUCCAGGGAUUCGUCAUGACUGACUGGCUUGGGCAUUAUUCCGGUGUCGGAUCUGCACUAGCUGGUCUCGACAUGUGUAUGCCUGGUGACGGUGCUGUUCCGUUGUUUGGCGAUAGCUAUUGGGGACCAGAGCUGUCUCGAUCGAUUCUGAAUGGCACAGUUCCUGUUGACCGCUUGAAUGACAUGGUCACCCGAAUCGUCGCCACGUGGUACAAACUUGGCCAGGAUAAAGAUUAUCCCCUUCCCAACUUUUCUACAAACACCGAGGCUGAAACUGGGCCUCUCUAUCCCGGAGCUCUCUUCUCACCUAGCGGUGUAGUGAACCAGUUCGUCAAUGUGCAAAGCGAUCACAAUAUCACCGCCCGAGCAGUUGCGCGGGAGGCCGUCACUCUGCUGAAGAACGAGCAAGGCAUACUUCCCUUGCGACGAAACGACACUCUCAAAAUCUUCGGCACCGAUGCAGGCGGCAAUCCCGAUGGACUAAACUCAUGCACCGACCAAGGCUGCAACAAGGGUGUUCUGACUAUGGGUUGGGGUAGCGGAACCGCUCGAUUGCCUUAUCUCAUCACACCGCAGGAGGCCAUCGCGAAUAUCUCGAAAACUGCUGAAUUCUAUAUCACCGACUCCUUCCCUAGCGAUGUGACUGCCACACCUAAGGAUAUUGCAGUCGUUUUCAUUAAUGCUGACUCGGGAGAGAAUUAUAUCACCGUUGAUGGGAAUCCUGGAGAUCGUACGAAGGCUGGUCUCAAUGCUUGGCACGACGGAGAUGACCUUGUCAAGGCUGCAGCAGAGAAAUUUUCAAAUGUUGUGGUCGUUGUGCAUACUGUCGGUCCCAUCCUUAUGGAAGAGUGGAUUGAUCUCAAGUCGGUCAAGGCUGUUGUUGUGGCACAUCUUCCUGGCCAAGAGGCUGGAAACUCGCUCACGGAUAUUCUAUUUGGCGACUUCAGUCCUAGCGGCCACCUGCCAUAUUCGAUUCCACGCAGUGAAUCCGACUACCCUGACAGCGUGGGCAUCAUUGAUCAACCCUUCGGUCAGAUUCAGGACACCUUCACUGAAGGUCUAUAUGUGGACUAUCGGCACUUCCUCAAGUCAAAUAUCAGCACGCGCUAUCCCUUUGGCCACGGUCUGUCAUAUACAACUUUUAAGUUCUCGAACCCGACUAUAUCUGUGGUAACCGCCAUCGACAGCGCCUACCCACCGGCGAGACCCACAAAAGGCUCGACCCCGGUAUACAACAACUCUAUCCCUGCGGCUUCUGAGGUCGCAUGGUCCUCGACAAAAUUCACUCGGAUCUGGCGUUACCUCUAUCCCUACCUUGAUAACCCCGAGUCCAUCAAAGUAUCGGACGACUUUUCCUAUCCGGAGGGCUACAACACAACGCAACCAGAGUCUCGUGCCGGUGGCGGCGAGGGUGGAAACCCAGCGCUCUACAAAACUGCAUUCACUGUGCAGGUCCAAGUUACCAAUAACGGAGCCCGACGAGGCAAGGCCGUGCCCCAACUCUACGUUGAAUUGCCAUCUAGCUUAGGCUUGGACACACCCGCCCUUCAACUGCGUCAAUUUGAAAAGACGAAGGAGCUCGCCCCUGGCCAAUCUGAGACUGUGACUCUUGAGAUCACUCGAAAGGAUCUGAGUGUCUGGGAUGUCGAGGUGCAGGAUUGGAAAGCACCCGUCAAUGGCGAGGGCGUCAAGCUGUGGGUCGGUCGUAGUGUGGCCGAUCUUCCAAUUAUUUGCGUUGCUGGUGGACAAUGCUCUACCCAGUGA